UGGCAACAUCUGAUCCUAUCGUCACUGUCCGGAGUGGUGCAUUUUUUUUUGUGUUUGAAUUACCGGUUUAAUUUUAUUAAUUUCAAAUUUAUAGUUGAAAAUGGCUGCACCACGUACAAAACUUUUUGUUGGUCAUUUGCCAGAUGGCUGCACAAAUGCAGACUUAUUGAGUCUGUUUGAAAAGUAUGGCACUGUCAAGGAAUGUGACGUUAUAAACAAAUAUGGUUUUGUGCACAUGAGCACUCCAGAGGAAGCAGAAGAUGCCAUUAAAGCACUUAAUAAUUAUAACUUCAGAGGUUCUUCUUUAAGUGUAGAAAGAAGCAAAAGCAAAUUGCAUCCAGAGCCUGGUGCACCUGGCCGUGCUAAAGGUGGAAUGCCUAGGGGCUCUAGAGGUGGCUAUGGUAGUCGGGGAGCUUAUCCACGAGGUAGCGUCGGUGGAUAUUCAAAUGGCUACAACAGAUAUGAUGGUCCACCAUUUGGAGGUCGAGAUCGUGUAGAUGACUUUUAUCCAGAUCGUUAUGGUGGAAGUAGCAUGAGUUCUAGGAUGCGUCCAUAUCCAAUGCCUUAUGACCGUCCUUCCAUGGCUAUGCCUCGUGAUGACUAUGGGUAUAGGUCAUCACCAUAUUCAAUGCCUUCUAGAGACCCUUAUGCCAGACCAGCUGCACUUCCACCAAGAGAUUUGUAUGAAAGAAGGGCUACAACUUACCCUUCUACUAGUGAUUAUUUGUAUUCUCGACGUUCUCCUCCCCCUCCACAAAUGCCUAGCUCUGGCAGGUCUUAUUGGUAUGGAGACUCAUUUGAUGAUCCGUCUCGAGGAGUUCCUCCUACUGCCACCCGACGACCUUACUUCUAAAGAUACUUUUACAACGCAUUUUUACCAUUCUUUUGUAUGACAGAUAAACUCAAUCAUUGAACAUCGACCAUAAUUUUUAAGGAAUUUGUUUAAGUAUGGACAAUUCAGGUGUCAGCAAGCAAGUACAGAUCUUAUUGCAUGAUAUAAUUUAUUUGAUGUUUACGCAAAGUAUUUGGGGGAUCAUUCUCAUUUUGUUUGGCAUAUUGUCACAUUCAUAUUGAAAUUAUUGAAUCUGUAACGAUUCUUGUAAAAAUAGAAUUGUAUAAAAUCAAAAAUGAAUAGAAUUUUAUAUUUUGAAAAAGCUGUAAACAAAAUAAUUUGUUAUUUGUUCUCAAUUUAGUGUAUCAUAGGGGGGAAUACAUUUUUGGUUCAUAAAGCAUGUUUUAUUUUACAUUGUACAUUCCCAAAUGCUGAUAAUUCUAAUUAAAAAAUGAAAUUGUCAUUUAAAUUUAUGAAUUUGUUGCAAUUGUCAAGACUUUUAUUUUUAGCACUGCCAUUGUUGAUUGAAGAAAACAAUUUGUUUUAGAAAUGGACAUGGCCUUUUUUUUGUAUCACAUUUCAUUAAAUACAUCAUUCUUA